ACUGGAGAGGCAGGGACAGACCCAGCAGUGCCCAUCUGAGCGAGAAGAGCAGACACUGUGCUCCUGGAAUCACCCAGCAUGUUGCAAGGUCUCCUGACAGUCGGUCUCCUCCUCUCUCCUGUUUCAGUAAGUGCUAUCAAAGAACUCCCUGGGGUGAAGAAGUAUGAAGUGGUUUAUCCUAUAAGACUUCAUCCACUACGUAAAAGAGAGGUCAAAGAGCCAGAGCAACAGGAACAAUUUGAAACUGAAUUAAAGUAUAAAAUGACAGUUAAUGGAAAAAUUGCGGUGCUUUAUUUGAAAAAAAACAAGAACCUCCUUGCACCAGGCUACACAGAAACAUAUUACAAUUCCACUGGAAAGGAGAUCACCACAAGCCCACAAAUUAUGGAUGAUUGUUACUAUCAAGGACAUAUCAUUAAUGAAAAGGAUUCUGAUGCUAGCAUCAGCACAUGUAGGGGUCUAAGGGGCUACUUCAGUCAGGGGAAUCAAAGAUACUUUAUUGAACCUUUAAGCCCCAUACAUUGGGAUGGACAGGAGCAUGCACUCUUCAAGUAUGACCCCGAUGAAAAGAAUUAUGACAGCACCUGUGGGACAGAUGGUGUGUUGUGGGCCCACGAUUUGCAGCAGAACAUUGCCCGACCUGCCACCAGACUAGUAAAAUCGAAUGAUGGGAAGGUUCAGAAACAUGAGAAAUACAUAGAAUAUUAUUUGGUCCUGGAUAAUGGUGAGUUUAAAAAGUACAAUGAGAAUCAAGAUGAGAUCAGAAAGAGGGUGUUUGAGAUGGCUAAUUAUGUCAACAUGCUUUAUAAAAAGCUCAAUACUCAUGUGGCCUUAGUCGGUAUGGAAAUCUGGACUGACGAGGAUAAGAUAAAGAUAACCCCAAAUGCAAGCUUCACCUUGGAAAAUUUUUCUAAAUGGAGGGGGAGUGUUCUCCCAAGAAGAAAGCAUCAUGAUAUUGCUCAGUUAAUCACAGCAACAGAAUUUGCUGGAAUGACUGUGGGUCUUGCAUUUAUGUCUACAAUGUGUUCUCCUUAUCAUUCUGUUGGCGUUGUUCAGGACCAUAGUGACAAUCUUCUUAGAGUUGCAGGGACAAUGGCACAUGAAAUGGGCCACAACUUUGGAAUGUUUCAUGACAACUAUUCUUGCAAGUGUCCUUCUACAAUAUGUGUGAUGGACAAAGCACUGAGCUUCUAUAUACCCACAGACUUCAGUUCCUGCAGCCGUGUCAGCUAUGACAAGUUUUUUGAAGAUAAAUUAUCAAAUUGCCUCUUUAAUGCUCCAUUGCCUACAGAGAUCAUAUCCACUCCAAUUUGUGGGAACCAGAUGGUGGAAAUGGGAGAGGACUGUGACUGUGGGACAUCUGAGGAAUGUACCAAUAUUUGCUGUGAUGCUAAGACAUGUAAAAUCAAAGCAGGUUUUCAAUGUGUAUCAGGAGAAUGUUGUGAAAAAUGCCAAUUUAAAAAGGCUGGGAUGGUGUGCAGACCAGCAAAAGAUGAGUGUGACCUGCCUGAAAUGUGUGACGGUAAAUCUGGUAAUUGUCCUGAUGAUAGAUUCCGUGUCAAUGGCUUCCCUUGCCAUCACGGGAAGGGCUACUGCUUGAUGGGGGCGUGCCCCACACUGCAGGAGCAGUGCACUGAGCUGUGGGGACCAGGAACUGAGGUUGCAGAUCAGUCAUGUUACAACAGGAAUGAAGGUGGGUCAAAGUAUGGGUACUGUCACAGAGUGGACGACACACUCAUUCCCUGCAAAGCAAACGAUACCAUGUGUGGGAAGUUGUUCUGUCAAGGAGGGUCGGAUAAUUUGCUCUGGAAAGGACGGAUAGUGACUUUCCUGACAUGUAAAACAUUUGAUCCUGAAGACACAAGUCAAGAAAUAGGCAUGGUGGCCAAUGGAACUAAAUGUGGCCAUAACAAGGUUUGCAUUAAUGCAGAAUGUGUGGAUAUUGAGAAAGCCUACAAAUCAACCAAUUGCUCAUCUAAAUGCAAAGGACAUGCUGUGUGUGACCAUGAGCUCCGGUGUCAAUGUGAGGAAGGAUGGAGCCCUCCUGACUGCGAUGACUCCUCAGUGGUCUUCCACUUCUCCAUUGUGGUUGCUGUGCUGUUCCCAAUGGCGGUCAUUUCUCUGGUGGUUGCUAUAGUAAUCCGCCAACAGAGCUCCAGAGAAAAGCAGAAGAAAGAUCAGAGGCCACUAUCUACCACUGGCACCAGGCCACACAAGCAGAAGAGGAAACCCCAGAUGGUAAAGGCUGUUCAACCGCAAGAGAUGAGUCAGAUGAAGCUCCAUGUGUAUGAUCUGCCAGUAGAAGGCAAUGAGCCCCCAGCCUCUUUCGACUCAAAUCCAAAAGCAUGAGGCAACAGCUAAACAAGAACUGAUGGCUAAAUUAUCAACUUGGAAAACUGGAAAAUCUGGAUGGCAGAGAAAUACACUUAUUUUUCACUAGUAUUUACUCUUGACUCAAGAAGGUUAACAUUUUCUGAUUUGUGUUAGACUUUGAAGAGACUAAAGAAAAUUUUCAAGAGGGACAUAUGCCUGAGAACCUUUGCAUGAGUUUAAAAUUUCAAUUAUCCAUUCUUAUAAGAAGGAAAGUGAUUGUAAAGAAAUAUCUGGGAAGUUAAAAUCUUUAAUAGGAAUUGAUUCAUUCUCUAAUGAAAACAAAACAUAAAAACAUUACACUAAUCUUGGAAGAAUAAGAAAAAUUGUACAUCCAUUAAAUGGGUAGCAACAUCUUGAUUGCUUUAACCAUUAACUUGUCAAAUUAGAAUCUCAUUUAAGAAAAUGAUGUAAACAUUCUGUUUUGUGGAUCUCUUUCCUACAUUAGCUUCUGAAAUCAUUAUUAGCUAUACCAUGUGAGGUUUUCUACAAUUUAGUAAAACUGUGAAUUAAAAAAUGUUUUAUCAUAUAUAUUUGUAUAAUUAAUUAGUGGCAUGGUUAAAGUGGUUUUCACUUUUUAACUGGAGAAAAUUUCAGUUAAAUUAAUCGGAUAAACCAGAGGUUGCAAACUGGUGACCUGUAGGCCAUGUUUGCACUGCAAAUAUAUUUUAUUUGGUCUGAAUGAUAUUGGACACAUUGUACUUUUAAAUGUUUUGAAUAUGUUGCUAAUAUUUAAAAAUUGAGAGAUCUUGCAUAAACAUCCAGAUUCUCAGCUUUGUCAAUGUAAUCAAAAAGUAAUCCGAUGCUUUGUCAACAAUAGAAUUACAUUGCCCAUAGCAACCGUCAGCUUAGUUGAUGGGUAACAUAGCAAACACUACUGGUUGCCUAUCAAAUAAUCCCCUUCCUUCCUUGCUUUUAGAACCCUAAUUUUGUUCACCUGCCCACUUCUAGGAAAAAAUAUCCUAUCUCCAUUUCAUGGAUAAAUAUCUAUCACUUUAAGUCAAUUAUAAUAACCUUAUUUUUUCCUUGCUAGUAGUUGACUUGGAGAUGAUUUUAUUUUCCUCCCCCUGCCCUUUUUUUCCCAAUAAGAUAAGAGAGGAAUUAUGUUAGGACAUUUCUGGCAAAGUUUUCCGGAUAUGGGCAUCUGAAUACUCUACCUGGUACUGCUGCACUCCACAUUGUGAUUAUGAAGGCUGAAGAAGAUAGAUAGAGCAGAAAGAUGAAAAGAAUAAAACCUGGCCUUUCAAUGAUGUCACUGAACUGGUAGGUAGAUUAAUGACUGCUGGAGUUACCUCACACUUUCUGGGUACUCCUUGUUAUAUGAGACAUACAUUUUCCUUGUUGUUUCAGCCAUUUGAGUUGGAUUUUCUCUCAUUUUCAACAGAGAUCAUCCUAACUGGUAAAGUAGUUGUUUCCAUAAUCAGGGAACAUGUUUUAGUUCAUCUUCACAGCUACAGUUUUUCUUGUAUUUGUCUGCUUCACCAGUUUCCAUCACUCACCUCGUCCCCACAGACCUGUCUGUCUCUUCAUGAGGAACUUUAUGGUUCAUUUACCCUUGCAGUAUGAGGUUCUAGAUGAGUUCACUCUGGCCUCAAAAGUGAAGCUCAAUCCUCAGGAAAUCCAGAAUCCACUGAUCAAAUCACUGUCAAGGAUAGAGGUUUUCUUUCCAUGUGGCAUUUGCACAAGAACAACUUAAAAAGUAGAGUUUUAUCUGCCCUGUGAUGUUUCAGAAGACCCUCCCCUCAUCUGGAAAUAAAUCCCUAUUUCCUGGAAAGCCAUUAUGUACUUGUGACCAACUUAUGAGCCUUUUCUGUGUGUGUGUGUGUGUGUGUGUGUGUGUGUGUAAUACCUGACCCCAGUAAUUGAUUCAUAUAAUCCUUUUUUAUACUGAUGGAAUGGAAAUCUUAAACCUGUGAAUCCUCAACUAGCCAUGUACCAUAACCCAAGCAAAAACUAAACCAUACACUCUCAAGCGGUGGCAUGUGAACAUUCCUGUAAGUUCCUAAAUGAUGUCACCAGGUCUCUGAUGCAGAUACAUCAUAAUUCCUAUUUGAAGAGAAAUAAUGCAGUACAAUGACAGGAAAACUGGUGUUUUAUCAUGGAGCUGUGAACCCAAGUCCUACAAUGUUUCCCUUUCAGCUGAACUGCAGAGGAGUUUGGAACAGACUUUGAUUUCACAAUACCGUUUCCACACUUACAGCUGUAACUUUCUAACUUUAAGGGAAUUCCGCUUAUUUGACAUUUAACCACCUCAGAUAUGCCACCGAACCUGUUUUUAUCAUUAGUUAUUUUUACCUUCUCUACUUUAAAACAGUAACAUUAUCAGGUUAAAUUAUGUUUGUAUCCAGUUACUCUAAGAUACCAUAGUGUUUGUCUGCUUAUUACAACUCACCAAAUUACUGCUUUUAUAUGGGCUUUGGGAAUGCUUUUAGUUUUUUAUAAAAUAAUGAAGUAUGCAUGAAAAAAACAAAUUUUAGUUGGUUGCAAUCAGAGAAUAUGGAAAGGGUUAUUAUUACAAUUAAGAUUUUACUAUCCACUUUGGAAAUCACUACCAUGUGUUAAGGAAUUGAAGGUGGCCUCUGGCUAGCAGUCAUUAAGAAAAUAAGCCCGAGUUCAAAGACCCUCAAAUGAAGUGAAGUCUGCCAACAACCACUGAAUAAGCUUGGAAUUAGGUUCCUUCCCAGUUGAAUCUUGACUUCAGCCUUGUGAGACACCCUGAAGUAGAGGAUGCAGCUGAAUUUUGUCCAGAUUACACACCCACAGAAACCGUAUGAUAAUUGUGUUGUUUUAUUUAAGUUGUUAUGGUUUGGAGAUAUUUGUUAUGCAGCAAUAGACAGCUGACACAAGGAAGUAGAUAACAUUUUGUAUUAGUCUGUUUUCACAUGGCUCUAAGGAAUACCACCUGAGACUGGGUAACUUAUAAAGAAAGGAGGAUUAAUUGACUCAGAGUUCCACAUGGCUGAGGAGGCCUCAGGAAACUUACGAUCAUGAUGAAAGAGGAAGCAGGAACAUCUUACAUGGUGGAAGAUGUGUGUGAAGGAGGAACUGUCAAACACUUAUAAAGCCAUCAGAUCUCUUGAGAAUUUACUAUCAUGACAACAAUAUGGGGGAAACCACCCCCAUGAUCCAAUCACCUCCCACCAGAUCCCUCCCUCAACAUGUGGAGAUUAUAGCAAUUAAAAAAACGAGAUUUGGGGGGAUGGGCACAGAGCCAAACCAUAUCAUGUUUCAAGUGCUCCAGACAGGUUAGGUAUAAUUAACUAUAUUUAAUAGGCUUUCAUCACUGCAAAACUUUUUUUCUUUCUUUCUGUGUCUCGAGUCUCUUUCAUUGUUCUCCCUUCUUUACUAGCACCGAGGAUUCCCUUGAAAUCUCUGAUAGCCAGUAUUCUCAUUUAUCAUAUUCUUUCUCACUUUGUGUUUCCUUGGUAUUUUGGAGUAAUUCCUUAAGUUUAUCUUCCAAAUUACUGGUUUUUAUGUUCUGUACUGUCAGUCCUCCUGUUCACUAAUUUCAAAAUUUAUAGUUGUUUCUCUUGUUUACUUAAUAACAUUCUCUUCUUUCCUAUCAGUUUAAUUGUAUAAAGGCUAACCAAUUAACUGUUUUUAACUUCCAUUUCCAGAUAUCAUUUUAAAAAUUAAAGCAAAAUGUGUAUAAACCUUAUUACUGCUUCCCAGAGUAAAUGUUUUUCAGAAGUACGUGCUUUCUCAGCCACUUAACUAGUAUGUUCCCAUCAUUCAAAGACACCCUUAUUUCUUAAGUGUUACAUUGCUAUUUUUCAGUUGGUGCAUCCAAUAUUAUUAAUAUCAGGUUUUUAACAUUCUCUUAUUAUAUGUCUUUGUUCAUAGAAUCCAUCUCUUAAGCGUAAACUAAAUAAUAUGCAUGCGCUAGUAUCUGAAUGUAAUAUGAAACAAUAUGGAAAUGGUUGGGGUGAUAAGCAAGUCUCACAUAUUCUUUUCUUCUCAAUUUUUUUCUCUCUCCGAAGUGGGCCAACGCAAGAGUGGCACAGCUGUGUGGAGAUACUGAGAUCCACCUUGUCAGGGAAGAUCCUAACUCAGGAAAAAGCACCUCUAACAAAAUCUGUAGCCACAUUGGUACAUUUGCCCUUGAAUUCACCUUGUCUCUUUUGCGGCUUCCAUAAAAAGGCCUUCACUUGACAAUGUCAGACACUUUUUAGCAACUAGGCCUGGGUAGUCUGCUACAAUGCCCAACACCAAUACAAUAUCACUAUUACUGUUAGUAGUAUGCUAAGCGAAUACUAUUGUUAUAAAAAAAUUCCUAAGCAUGAAAAUUAUGGUAUAUAAUUUAUUGUGAAGGCAACUUCUUGUGAACAUUAAACUGUUUAUCUCCUUCACCUCAUAUUAAAGUCCAUACUCUUGGGAUAUAUCUGACAUCUCAAUAUUAAAUGACUAAGAUGACUAAGUUGUUUAUGUUGCUCCCACUUCACACAAAGUUAAAACUAUUUGUUACUUUAAAUAGUUUGACAACGUUAUUUUAAAAUCUGGACAAAUCACAAAUAUAAUAUACUUAUUUAA